UCCUAUUAAAUAUUGUUUUCAAAUUUAAAAAAACUUUCAAUAUCAACGUUGUUUUGAUCUCCAAAUGUAAUAUAUAUUCUUUUACUUUGUGUCAUUGUUAAUCAUGGAGGAAUCGACAAUGAAAGAGGGCAAACUUAUGAAGAAAGGGAAGGCAGCAGCAAAUAUGAUGGAUCGUCUUCCUCGGGAAGUCGUCGUCCAUAUACUAUCCAGGCUUCCCUUACCAUCGCUGCUGAAUUCAAAGCUGGUUUGCCGAGGCUGGCGAACCUUAAUACGAGAUCCAUUUUUUAUUAGUAAGCACUUGUCGAACUUGGCCGAGGCCGGCAACGAUCCCAGCUUCAUCUUGGAAAGCAAUUGGCCUAUCCCCGAUCAACGCCACUUCAUUGAUUUCUUCGAUCAUAGUGAAGGAAAAGUGAUCUCCAAGAAGCUCCCCAGUUCUCCUAUGCCCAUGUACUUGGUAGAUUCAUGCAAUGGGUUGCUUUGCAUGCACGAUACAUCGCGUAGCGUAUACAUUUGCAACCCUUUUACCAGGCUUUACAUCGAGCUCCCCAAGCUCAUCAAGUAUCCAACACUGGUGGGAAAUUUGGGGUUGGGUUUCCAUCAGAAAACAAAAGAAUACAAGGUGAUCCAGAUAGUGUUUCGAAGAAAAUUGAGAAGAGUCGACUCCAGUACUACAUCAACAACUUCGAGUGAAUCGGAGGUUCAGAUUUUGACUAUCGGCAGCCCUUCUUGGAGGGAUCUGGGAACGAUACCAUACCGUUUUAUUCAUUUGAAAACCAAGGCUUUGGUCAAUGGGAGACUCCAUUGGCUUUCCAAGCCUAACAGGUACACCACUGCUAGCUUGCUCGUAUCCUUCGAUCUCGAAACAGAGCAAUUCCAGGAGGUGCCGAAACCUGAUUGUUGCGGCUCGGAGAGGUGUUUGCGGCAUCUUAUGGUUGUACGAGGUUGUCUCUCGGCUGGUGCGUUUCAUGAGAAUGAUGAACGAGUGGAGAUUUGGGUAAUGAAGGAGUAUGGUGCGAAAGAGUCUUGGAUCAAGGAGUUGAGCAUCGGAAGGUACAUGCCUCCGACGUUGACGCAACAAGAGAGUCGCCACUUCAUCUAUUCAAAGCGUAAUUUAUUUGUUCGAGUUCUAUGUGUGUUGAAAAAUGGCGAGAUCUUAUUGGAGUACAAAAGCAGGGCUCUUGUUAUUUACGAUCCACAGCAUGAGACGUUCAAGGAGUUUACGUUUCCAGAAAUGCCUCGUUGGUUCAAAAUAAUUAUUCAUGUUGGAAGCCUGAAUUGGCUUCAUCAUUAAGGCUAUGUUUUCCUAUUAAAUUUCAAGAUUUAAAUAGCUGUUUGCUUCUAUUUGCGUUGUUUCUUGUAAUUAUUGGUUGGCUUUGUUUCAUGAUAUCUCUUCUUCCUCUUCUUAUGGCAUGACUAAUUUAAGUCA